AGCGUCGCUUCUUCGCUUCCGCAAACGAGGCUUACCCCGAUUCGAAUUUCUAUAUCGAGCCUAUAGUCGAAACUGAGAGAGUGGCACAGUUACUCCUUCAACGCGAGUUUACCCCCUUGUUUGGGCACAGGCAAAGUGGGAAAUCUACAGCUUGUCACGCGAUUCUACGCUGGCUCCGCACUCAUCCGGAAGAAAUUAGAGAAGCUGGCUUUGAUCCGCAGAAAUUAGAAAUAUUUCUUGUGACUUUCGAUGCCAAUGUUCUUGUUGAUUAA